UCCGACGCUGAAAAUCAACACCCGGACGAGGAGGCGAGGAGAGGCAGCGCGAGAGAGGAGAGAGAGGCAGAGGCAGGCAGGAGAGAGGCAGAGAGGAGAGCGGGCGGGAGAGAGUACACGGCGGGGGAGAGAAGCAGCGGCAGCUGAAGCGGGAAGCGCGGGGGCCAGCAGCAGUAGCAGCGGCGGCAGCGGCGGCCCACGACUAUGGCCUCCACUAGGCCUUACAAGCUGAGCGACAGGGGCAUUCGCCCCUCUGAGGUGAAUCGCAAAUACCUCCACACCAACUCAACCAGUCACACCUGGCCUUUCAGUGCAUUUGCCGAGCUUAUCGACAACGCGUACGACCCCGAUGUCGGUGGCAAGCAAAUCUGGAUCGACAAGACGGUCAUCAACGGAGAGCAGUGCCUCAUGUUUCGCGACAACGGCAAGGGCAUGUGCCCCGACAAGCUGCACAAGAUGCUGAGCUUUGGAUUCUGCGAGAAGCAGAAGGUGGACAACCACGUGCCCAUCGGCAUGUACGGCAACGGCUUCAAGUCGGGCUCGAUGCGCUUGGGCCGCGACGCCCUCGUCUUCACCAAGAACGGCACGCAGAUGAGCGUGGGGAUGCUGUCGCAGAGCUACCUGGAGGCCAUCAACCAGGAGACCAUCAUUGUGCCCAUCGCCGUGUGGAGCCAGAAGGAUCAUAAGCUGGAGCCUGUGGAGGACCGGGAGGUGAGCUUGCGCGACAUCCUCCACUACUCGCUGUUCAGGACCGAGCAGCAGCUCCUCACCGAGCUGUCCGCCAUCCAGACGCGGACCGGAACCAAGAUCAUCAUUUGGAACUUGCGCCAGAACCGGGCAAAAUCGCUGGAGCUCGAUUUUGAGACCGACAAAUACGACAUCCUCAUCCCCCACGACUUGGUGGAGGAGCAGUUGGGGUUGAACAACAGGCAAAGCUACGGGGAGAGGCAGCGACAGAUGCCGGACAGCGAGUACUCAUUGCGGGCGUACUGCAGCAUCCUGUACCUGAAGCCGCGUACCCAGGUGAUCCUGCGUGGAGCCAAGGUGAAGACUCAGCUGAUCGCCAAGAGCCUGGCCCACAUCGACCACGACAUCUACCAGCCCAUGUUCCUCACCUCCAUGAAACGUAAAGUGAAGGUCACGUUUGGGUUCAACUGCAAGAGCAAGGUGCACUACGGCAUCAUGAUGUACCACCACAACCGCCUCAUCAAGGCCUACGAGCGCAUGAAGUGUCAGCUGCAGGCGAACGGGGUGGGUGAGGGCGUGAUCGGCAUCAUCGAGUGCGACUUUCUGAAACCCACCCACAACAAGCAGGACUUUGACCAAACCAACGAGUACAGGCUCACGCUGUCUGCCGUGGAUCGCAAGCUGCAGGAAUACUGGAGAGACCGCAGCAAUCUGAGUUCGUUUCUCGUGGAUUCCACCUUCAACAGCAAAGACCUGAUAGAGAAACCCGACCAGAUCUGGGCUCAGUGCGACAGCUGUCUCAAGUGGCGCAAAUUGCCGGAUGACAUCGGCAAACUUCCCGACAAGUGGUACUGCCGGCUGAACCCCGACCCACAAUUCAGGACCUGCGAUGUUCCCGAAGAGGCGGAGGACACCGACGAGAUGGACGUCUACAAGAAAUCCGUCCGCCGGCGAGAGCUGAGAGAGAAGGCUGAGCAACAGCAGAAUGCAAGGCUGCAGAAAGAGGCAAUGCAGCGUAAAGUGCAGCUGGCUGCCCAAGCUAAGCAGUCGAACCAGGUGGUUCCCCCGCUGGUUAUCCACACGGUCACCGACGGCAACGGCAUAACCAGCGCAGCGGUACUGCACACGGGGAAGCCACCCACCCUCGUCGGCGCCGCCGCGCCCGCCGCCGGCGCUGCCUCACCGUCCGUGCCGACGGCUAGGCGGCUGCCGGCCGGUGCGGAGGCCGCUGGGCCGGAGAUGGUGCAGAACCUGAUGAACAGGGUGAUCCAGGAGGCGGCUUUCCUCAAGCGCGAGAAGGAGAAUCUCAAACAGCUGUCCCGCCAGACCAUACAGGCAGAAACCACGGCGGUCGCAGAGAUCUCAAGGAUAACCGCGCAGCACAAAAUGGCGUCUUGCUCCUCCACGGCGUCCCCCUCCACCUCCUCGUCCUCCUCGGCGUGCGAAGGCCUUCGCAUCAGCGACGUCAAGAGCCUGAGCGCGGACGGCGCGUGGCGGCAGCAGUCCCCGUGCGCCAACGGCACCGGCUCCAGCCCCGGCGGCGUAGCCAACCGAGAGAAGCGGAAGUUGGAGGCGUGCGGGAUGGACCAAGCGAAGCGGCCGAGGAUGGAGUCAGCGGAGAGUUCCCCGGCCGCGAACGGCGUCGCCUCUUCCCGUGCGGCCGCCGCGUCCUCCUUCACCGUCGACGACGGCGAUGACGACGAUGACGACGACGUGAUUUGUCUCGACGUGAAGAGCCCGCAGGUGCCGCGGAUCGACGCGGAUCUGAGAAAGGUGAAGCUGGAGGCGGACGCGUCGACCGGGCCGGACAACGAGGCCGCCCAGGCCCGCGACGCUGCGGCCACGUCUUCCCACGGCGUGCAGACCGUCACGCUGCCCUUCAAGUGCAAGGCCGAGGAGGAGGACAGCGGCGACGCGGGCGACGCGGGCGACUCCGCCGCGGGCGCAGCGGGCGCCGUCCCUCGUGCCUCCAGCGCCGUGGACGCCGCCGUGGACACCCUGCGCCGGGAGAACAAGCGCCUGCAGGAGGUGGUGCAGCAGCUGCAGCAGGAGCUGGUGACCCGCACGGUGGUGAAGGAGGAGGACAAGAAGCAGACGGAGGAGAAGGCGGAACUUGUGGCGAAGGUGGACAAGGCAGUGGGCGACAGUGAGGCGGCGCCGGACGAGGUGCACGCGCUGCGCCAGGAACUGGAGAAGCUCAAGAAAGAUGAGGAGGAGUGGGCGUCUGUGAUCAGCCACCUGAUGAAGGAGAUCGAGGAUAGUGUGGCGGGGCACAAGCAGACGACCGCCGAGAACGAGCGGCUGAGCGAGGAGUGCGCCCGGCUGCGCGCGGCCGCCCCCGGCCAGACUCCGGUCAAAACAGAGGCCGGCACCAACACGGACGGCGCCACGGACGUCGCCGGAGCCGCCGCGGACGCCGGCGUGGACGCCGGCGUGGACGCCUGCGUUGGCCCCGACGCGGACACGGCGAGCGAGACGACGGAGGAAGGGAGGAAGCUCCAGGCGGAGCUGGAGAAGACUGGAGCCGAGCUGGAGCAGCUGCAGAGGGAGAAGGUGGAGCUGGAGGCCCGGGAAACAGAGACAGCCAUUUACCUGUCUCAGGGAAUGUCCGACAGAGACAGCCUCGUGAGGCUGCGGCAGAACGUGGCGCGGCUCCUGCAGAACCUCAUCCCGGAAUUCCAGAUGCCGGACGACCCGACGCUCGUCGACGACAUCGUCCCACAGCUGCUCAAGUCCACAUCGUCCUGAAACGCGGGAGGGCGGCUCCUCGCACGGCCGUGGUGGACUUCUGCAACCCUAUUUUAAAAAAAUAUAAAUAAAUAGCGAUUGGGUUUUUUUUUUUCCCUCGCAGGUCUUGUGCUGUGCUAAGCCUGACGCGGCAAAACUGUGGCACACGCUGGCCUCGCAAGAACUCUCUGAUGUGGCUCGUGGGAGCGGGGAGGGGCCAAGCGGGGCCAGGGGGGGCACUGACGGACGCGCGUGUCUCGACUCGUCCCGUUGAGGGCGGCAGAAACGGCAUCGGCAUCGGCUCUGCUGCGUCUGCAAUGGAAAACAGCCCUCGGCGUGGCUCUGCUGUUACAGCGGGCGUCGUGCAAACCGCGGGGCGGGGCCUGGCCUGUGGGUCUCGUUGCCCAGGGACAAAAGAUCUUUGGGCAGAUGGAAACGUCCGGACAAUAUGUUGGCAGGGGACGUACGGACGUGGACCACGGGAUUGAUUCGAGCGGAACGUUUCUUCACUAUGGUGGCCGCCCCCAACUGUUUGUUAACACGUCGUCGUCGCCAUCGUCGCCAUCGUCGCCAUCGUCGCCAUCGUCGCCAUCGUAGCCAUCGUAGCCAUCGUAGCCAUCGUAGCCAUCGUCGCCAUCGUCGCCAUCGUCGCCAUCGUAGCCAUCGUAGCCAUCGUAGCCGUCGUAGCCGUCGUAGCCGUCGUAGCCGUCGUCGCCAUCGUCGCCAUCGUCGCCAUCGUCGCCAUCGUAGCCGUCGUAGCCGUCGUAGCCGUCGUCGCCAUCGUCGCCAUCGUAGCCAUCGUAGCCAUCGUAGCCAUCGUCCGCACAGCAGAGGAGGGUGGACGGACGCGCCUUCUCUUGCCACCCUCUCCACUGACUAAUUGCCCCCCCCCCCCCCCCCCCCCACUUUUCCACCAAAUGGCAGCCUCUGUACGUGCACACAGCAUUGUACCCAAAUUGAUUUACCUAACGCCGCCGCUCCCCCCCCCCCCCCCCAUCCUGGCUUAGGAUUGUGUUGUCCCCAGGGAUUAAUGUUGGCUGCAAUCCUACGCAGCACCGCAUCCAGUGUACAUCUUCUCUAUCAACUGUGUGGGGACUAUUUUUAUUUGUGUCACCUGCUUCAGUCUACACCAGCAGCUUAGAUCAGCUCCCUCCUCCCCCACCAAACAUUUGGUCAUCCGAAAUGUCAUGGGGUACAGAAGUGCAUGUGUCACGGCAUUCCUUUUUGAGUCGGCGGAUCUUGUAAAUGUUUUAGGUGACGAUAAAAAUAAUAAUAUUAGAAUUGCAAUUCACGGUUGACCUUUGGGUCAAAUCGCGCGCGAGUGCAAUGCCCGGUGUGUGUCGUACGUGCCCUCCUCCACCUGACACGGCCAAAUGAAGCAAAGUUAUCGUGGCCACACAUUUGUAGAGAAGUUACUCGGAGACGGAGGUAAGUUAGGAGCUUUCGCCAGGGUUUAUUAAGGGUGAACAAUAUUACACAGCAGGGUACACAACUCCCAGGGGCUAGGGGUCCUACUCUGAGUACGGGUCCCUGCCGGCUAGCUCCGGUCUCUCUCUCUCGUGUCGGAUCGUGGAGUCUGCCGACUCCACCGACCGGAGAGAGAAGCACCUCUACAGCUACCACCGGCUUCUCCCCAGACUCCCUAUUCGAUCCCUCUCUCUACCCCUGGUUCCCUCUUCACCCUGCUUACUCUACCCGUUCCCACAGUGACCCCGCUUACGUCACGGGGUAUCCCUUAAGUACCCUAGGAGACGUGACGUCAUCGCACUGAACGGCACACCUGACGUCACGUCCCCAUUUUACUCCUCUACACAUUGUUACCGCAUGGGCAGUGACACCGGGUCGCUGGAGAGCGAUCCGCUCGCGUUCACUAAUUGCGCGCGGACGUUUGACUGGCCGUCGCCACUGCCAUCGUUAUCGUCAUUGGCCGGCUUUCAGGAUUGUGAAAAUAUCCUCCAGUCUUCUUGGGGCCUUAAAUAGGUGGUGUAAUGUCAUCAACACGGCCCCCAUGAGGUUAAUGUCGGCGCACAAAUUUAUAAUGUGUUCUGUCGGCGGAGCUUUUACAUAUCUGGCUGCGUCGGGUGAAGGAGGGCACGCAACACACACGGGCAUUGAGCUCACACUAUGGCGAUCUGACCCAGAACUCUACAGGGAGUAAUAACAAUUGCCACGAAAGCGACUCGUGUUAAACGCGAGUAAUGUAAUGUUACAUUUUAAGGUUGGCGCAAACACGCUUAUUGAACCGUAUUGUUUCCAUACCCGGGUACGCGCGCGCUGUGCUUGUUUGGUAUGUUGCACGGCCUUUGUGUUGGCGGUGACCGACGAGGAUGGCCCCGACCUCGGUGCGACCUCGGUGCGACCUCGGUGCGGCCACGGGCACGCCGGGACGUCCUCGACGGGAGUUCCACGUUUUUUACGUUCCGCCUGACCGCACGGGCUUUCGUAGAGCGCGUUUUGCAUUUGCUGAUGUUUUUCCCCAAUUACUUAGUCGGGGAGGUCCAGGUCGCCGUGAUGCCGCCGGGUUGCGUCCCCGUGUCGGCAAGCGCCCGAAGUUGCCUCCGCGGCUCGGCACGGCGCGUCCGCUGUACCUCUCGCCAUGGCCGCGACCGUUCGCGCGCCAGCUCCGCUCCCCUCUUCCCGUCGUGGCACCGUUCCGCGGAGGGAGCGAGGGAGCGAGCGAGCGCAGUUGUCGGACGCAGCUCCACGGUCCUCCGUGGGGAGCUGCUCGCCCCGAAGGGGAAGGGGGCCACUCGCUGAGACGUCCUGCGCCUGCGGCUCGCAGCCACGGCAGUGUUCGACGCACAACGAAAGUCGCCAUCACCUCGACCCCCUCCACCCCGGCCACGUGAUGCUCCUGUUUCACACGAUUUUCACCCCGUUUUAACAUUACUAUGGCAAUGUUGACCUGUUUAAAGAAAAGUGAUUUUUAUAUUUAUAUAACCGCAGUUUCAUACGCAGGUUUAACAAAUAAAUGUUACCCCUUAU